GUCAAUCGUCAUUCAUUAUGAAUAUUAUAAUUAGAAUGACAUUGACAAUUAACAAAAAUCACCCUCUUUCACAAAGUCAUUUGAUGAUCAAAGUUAUUAUAUCUGAUUCUUUAUUGGCAAUAAAUGGUUCGUUCAAGCAUCCCUUUUAGUCAUUUUAUAACCUGUAGGCAACGAGAAGGAGAGUAUAAUUUAGAAAGGCUAGAAUUUGAGGCGAGGGAAUAUAUGUUUAUUCGAGCAUAUUGGUAGAAGCACAAGAAGGAAACAAAUAAAAUUUAUCAGAACAUUGAAUAAGUUUUACAUUACUUCUGUCCUAGAAGUUUUGAAUCGUCGAACAUUGUGGAAUCGCUGCAGUAAUGCAUCUUUUGUUGUUUGCCGUUGUACUUGAAGUAUUGUUAGGCAAAUCCAAAGGACAGUUAAAGCCUGGAGGGUUGCAUGUUUGCCAAAGAACUGUAUCGUAUAAUACUUACGAAUCGAGACCAUUCACACGAGUUGGAUACGAAAACUAUCGUACAUGUUGCAAAAGAUUUUUGCGAGCUUGCACGAGUCGAUGCACACGGAGCAGAAGCAAAAUUGUACAUUACACCAACAGCGUAUUGGUGCAAAAACAAAGGCUUCAAUAUUUCUGUUGUUCAGGUUGGGCCAGGUCUGGGGAUCAAUGCCCACUACCUAUCUGCAAUCCUGGAUGCCAAAAUGGUAGAUGUACAAAUCCAAAUGUUUGUUCCUGCAAAGCAGGAUUUGUUGGAAAUUUAUGCCAAACAGAUGUCAAUGAAUGUACUUCAAAGCCUUGUGAUCAAAUAUGUACCAACCUUCCUGGAACAUAUUCCUGUUCGUGCAGACCUGGUUAUGUAAAAACAGUACCAACUGAUCCCAAGUCGAAGAGUUGUAAAAAUGUUGAUGAAUGCAACACAUCUCCAUGCAAAUGUGCGUUGAAUACUCCUGGCUGCGUAGCGUCCUGUGCUGAUUCUGAUGGAAGCUUUUCGUGUUCUUGUAAUUCUGGUUUCCAAUUAACGUCUUCAGCACGACUGUGUGUCGAUAUCAAUGAAUGUGCCGCUACAAGUACAAAUAACUGCCAACAGAAAUGUAUAAAUAGACCUGGAACCUAUAAUUGUGCUUGUAACCCGGGAUAUCUUUUGACGGAAAACAAACGAUCUUGCAAAGAUAUAAAUGAAUGCGCAACGCUCAAUGGAGGAUGUAGUCAAAUUUGUGCAAACCAACCUGGGUCAUACCAAUGUUCUUGCAAGCGAGGUUAUCGCUUAUCAAGCGAUAAGAAAACAUGUAUUGAUAUAAACGAAUGUUUGGAGCAAAAGCCAUGCGAUAACAAGCAUGGAAAAUGCAUGAAUAUUCCAGGAAGCUAUCAAUGUUCGUGCAAAGCCGGGUACAAAUUGUUGCCAGAUAAAAAAACAUGCAUAGAUGUCAACGAAUGUUCAAAUGGAGGUGUGUGUCAACACAACUGCACAAACACAGAUGGUUCUUAUCUCUGUAGCUGUGUCACGGGAUUUCGGUUGCACGCAGAUAAACAUAGAUGUGACGAUGUCGAUGAAUGUACUGAGAAAAGUAGCAAGUGUCAGCAAAAUUGUCACAAUAGCAUUGGUUCAUAUACAUGUUCAUGUCGAGCUGGUUACAAAUUAAAAGAUGACAACACUUCAUGUCAUGCAUUUCCAUGCCAAACAAUAUCGCCACCUGCAUUUGGAAGAAUGAAAUGUUCUGGAUACGUAACAGAUGAAACAUGCAACAUAUCUUGCAACACUGGUUUUAGGCUUAAUGGACCCCAAACUAGAACUUGUCUAUCAUCGUCCACAUGGUCUGGUGAUCAACCAGAAUGUAAAAGAAGACAGUGUCCAAAAAUACAGCCACCUACAUACGGAUCAGUGUUGCUACCAUGUAAUGAAGUAUUUGACUCUGUAUGUUUACAAAAAUGUUCAAAAGGUUACCAAAUGCAAGGAACUCGUGCAACAAAAUGCGUGAUAAAAAAUGAUAACGUGACAUGGAGUAACACAAAUUCUACAUGUACUCCUACCACAGCAUGUCAGCCUAAUCCCUGCUUACAUGGUGGUUUAUGUACGGAAACAUCGAAAUCAGCUUAUUUUUGUAACUGCAUUGGUACUGGAUAUAUUGGAAGAACAUGCUCAGUAGGUGUUGUUAGGAUAUCCAUAUCUCCUUUACUAAGUAAAGACGUCAAAUCAAAAGAAUUUGUCGUAUUUGCAAGCCCAUCUAGAAGUAUCUCUAUUAAAUUAAUCAACAAUGAUGGUGCUCUGAAGUUCUCACCAGAUAUCGUAGAAAUCACAUACCCUGAGACGUCUUCCAAAUUUAUUGUUACGCCUUCUAGAGUUGGUAUAUUUAAGAUAUCAUACAUCAUCCAAGGUGAAAGUGCGGCCAAAUAUGAAACUCCACCAGCAAAUACAAUACGUGUGUUUGAAAAAGAAAAAGGAAAAAUUGUCAAUAAUCCAAUUGAUUUAUAUACACGAGAUUGUUUCAAGAAUUUUAUGGUUAGUUCAAUCGAGAUGUCAUCGACGUGCAGUUGGCAGUCAGACAGCACGGAUGGUUUUGUUUCAUUGAUUAGGGGGAAUUUAAAAUUACCCUUCUCAAUGGUCGGAAUCAAAGAUUUUUUGCGAAGAUAUAAGGCAAAAGGAUUGUUUAGCACCUCGAAUAUCACAACAGCAUAUUUCAAUUCACGUGAGCUUGGAAAAUGUGCAAACAAUUGCGAUUCCUUUGAUUAUAGUAAAAAAUCUAUUGAUUACAUGAUAAAGCAUAAACACUUUCCAAUCAUUUUUUCCCAUCAAUUUUCUACAUCUUUGCCUUUUUGGUUUGGUACAUCCCUUCACAAAGACGCCAUGGCAUACAAAAAAACUAACUUUUUUGCAGAAAUUACCAAAGGAACCAACAAAAACGUAUUGUGUGUAUCAAGUGAUUUAUUACCAACUGACAAUCACGUAUAUUAUUCCUAUUCGCCUACGACAUUAUUUGAUUUGAAUAUAAUGGCCUCAACGCACACCAUCAAUAAUGGAAAUAAACCUUGUUUUAUGCUUGACCUUAAUAGCAACGCAUCUUACAUCACAUUUAAAGAAGAAAUUGAUUACACAAAAGACUUUGUUGGAAUUGGUCUAAAAAAAGUCUCUAUAUCCUCAUUUGUUUUCAACCUAACCAACUGCUCAACUGAUAUAGGUUCCUGUGAAAGACAUCAGGUUAAGGUUAUUGGAAACACAGAAUAUCAUUUUAAAUCAUUCUCUGGAAGUCUAUCAUUGAAUGGAGAAUAUAACAGUGGGGAUGCAACUAAGAUUAUGGUUAAAGGCUUUUCAUCACGCUCUAAGGUAGAGUUUGUUGGUAACACCAGUUUGGAAGUAAAUGCAAAGUUUCUUAGUAAUAAUUUGAUCAUCAAAUGUGACAAUAUAUGGAGCAAAGCAAAUUUGUCAUUUACGGCUGGCGAAAUAGCUUCUGAUGUGGAAAUUAGAGAAACACACUUUGUAUAUAGCACAUCAGCUAUUCGAUUCACACCCAAAACCAACACUCGUUUUAAGGUCCCAUUAAAUGCACAUGGAGGUGUCCUUAAAGGAAUAAAAAAUCUAAACCAAAUUCGACUACUUCUUCGCACAAAGCCAUUUAUCAGAAGAGCAUUUGGUAACCUUGAAAAUUUACUAGCGAGUGGCUAUCCAAAAGAGCGAGAAAUAGUGAGUAAACGUCAGUCAAAGCUUUUUAUGCAUAUGGAUGAGGCGACGGAAGUAUUAAGCAAAGUUUCUGUUGAUAUUCAAAAUGCAACCAUCAUUAUAAGAGAUUUAAAACUUGCAUUUUAUGACAUGAGAUCUCUUAUACAAUCGAUGACGGAAUAUUUCCAAAACAAUGAAAAUGAGUUAAGUAUCGUCAGUAGUUGUCGCCUUUUAGAGGUAUUAUUAAACAAAGAGGAAGUGUUACGAGUAAUACCAGAGAAGCAACCAUCAACCUUGAUUGAUAAUAAAGGUUGGGUGUUGACAUACGCAGGCAAUAUAUGUGUCUAUUCCCUAUGUUUGAAAAAUCUAAAUUUGAGCAUAAGCUAUCCAACUGAUUUAUCUGGUGAUGACAUUACCAUACAAGGUAAAUUUACCACAAAUCAUAGUCUUUCAAAAAGAAUUCAUGUCUUUAAAGGCGGAAGGUUUAAUUUGAAAAUAAGCAAAAAUGAAGAUAAAAUUUCAGGAGAAUUGGAUGUUUUAAUAUCCCUUUUUGACAAAACGCAUUUCACGAAGAUGUAUAUGACAGAGUCCAAGAUCUAUUUUCAAUUGGAAGUUACACUCACGAAAAAUUUUAACUUUACGAUUAAAAACGAAAAAGAAAUUAAAAAAACGUCAUGGAAUGAAUUAAUAUCUACAAUAAGUGGGUUCUCAAAAGCUAACUCAAACAAUUUACGUGAUAAAAUGCAAUAUUUUUACACCUCAACAUCUUCAAAUACAAAACUUAGAUUAAGUAGAGUGAAUUAUCACAAAAAGGAAAUGCUGAAGAAGUAUAAGGACAUGACUAAGAAGCGUCAAAUUAUCAGUAAGGAAAUGAAGAAUGCUAGCAGCAACUUUCGCGAAGCUGAAACAAAACAUAAACAAAAUAUUAUUGAGUUAAAUAACAAUCAAAUGAGGAUGAAGUCUUAUGAAUUGGGAGCAACAUUUAUAGAAAAGAAUCUAAGUACAGUAUGCACCUUAAAAACGUGUAAAAUGGAUUGCAUAGCAAUGCCAGAAUGUAAAGUUUGUCAAGACGAAGUAACUCUGCCUAUAAAGGUAUUGAAAUGUGACCAGAGGACAGAAGAAAUCAAGUCAAGCCUAUUAGUCCCUUUUGACACAAUGUGCGACCUGACAAAAUAUUUCUUUAUACCAGUAUACACUGGUGACUGUGAGGAAGAUCCAGCCAUGACCAAUUACCGCAGCCAGCAAAUGAAAGAAUAUAUGGGGACUGUCCAAAGAGCGAGCACAGUAGGCGCACUCAUUGGAAGCUUUAUUCCAGGGAUUGGUACAGCACUUGGAUCAUUUGUGGGAGGAAUAAUUGGAGCAAUAGCAGGGUUGUUUUCAUCAUGCGACGAAUCCUACGAAGUCAUCAAGAAAUCAGUAACCCAUCAAGUCCCAUGUACUCGAAAACGACUACAAGUACAAACAGUUCUUCGCCCAGUAUCGACCUGCUACUAUCUUGAACGAAACGUUCAAAGUGGAUACAGUGAACCAAAGGAAUGUCUUUGCAAGUUAAAUAAAUGUGCUGCUAAAACGGAAAAUGCAAGUUGCUUAGUCCAAAAUUCUAACUGUCAAAACAAAAGAUCGUUGUUUUUGAAAAGUGUGGCAACACUACCUAAAGUCUUCACAGAUCUUUAUGAACUUAUUAAUAUACAAAAAGAAAAUGUUGCAAACUCCUUUAUAGAUAUGCAAAGACUAAAGAAACGAAAAGAGUUUGUGCAACAUGAAUACAAUCGAAUACAUGGCUUGUUUAAAAAUGCAGAACAGGAAUCUUUUUUUGCUAACGAAAGCGAUAAAAACGUUCAAGAUCUUAUUUCGAGAGACAUUUGUUUACUAAAUAAGUACAAUGUGGAAAAUAAAAUUGAGAAUUUCUUUCAAAUUAAGAGUUUGAAUUUUGAAGGAACUGUACCUUUUGUUGACAAUGUGCAAAUCAAUUCUAAUAUUUACAUUCUUUCCAACAAAAGGAGUAAAAUUAUACCGUUUGUCUUCAACUUUAACGAUCCAGAUUUGUCUUUCGAAGCUGCUGCAAAAAAAAUCGUUUACUCCGCAUUAUGUGACACAAACAGGAGACGAAGAUCUGUUGACAGACAUGUUUUACAGGGAAAUCACUUAUUUGAAUCGUGGUAUGUUGACGAAAAUCUUAAUGCCUCAACAGUUCAACUAGCCUGCAUGACGUUUAAAAGAACAACUUCGUUUUUAGAACAUACAACUCAAAGUUUAGUCAAUAUAACAAAGCAUGCCUUGGAAUUAAAUUCUUACAUAAACAGAUCUUUUUCAAAUCUUCAUCAAAAAAGUGAAACGACCAACCGAGUCUCCCCAGAGUUAGAUGCUCUUUUUUCAUCUCUUCAAGUUGAAGUGGAAACAUAUUUAAACAAAACAACCUUAUUUAACGUUCUUAGCCAAUGGAAAGAGUCAUCCGAAAUUUACACUUCACAAAAUAACUUCUCGGUCUGCUUUAACUUUUUAGACUGUGUAGAGAGUGCUUCUGAAACUUUGCUGGCUUUGCCUACAAUUUUAAGUACACCAAGAUCAAUGUACCAGGACGAGGUGGUUAUCUUCAAUUAUAAGUUCACAGAUGUAUAUGCAAGUAACUCUUUAAAUACUUUAUUAACAUGUGCUCAAUAUUUGUUAAAAAGCUUAACAAUUAUUCGCAAGAUGAGUUUACACUGUACUCCGGAGCCUGAAUUUAUUAACACGGAUAAAAUCCAAAAUAAAGUUAGUGUAAAGUCUGGUGAAAUUGUUACAUUAUCAUGUGAAGAUGUAAAAAGUGUUCUACCUGUAAAGUAUAACUGGAAGUUGCAUGGUCGAUUUAUUGACGGUGAAGUAAACAACACUUUGCAACUGACGACAUCAUUGAGAGAUAGUGGUGUUUACACAUGUGUUGUUUCAUCUUUGACUGGUUCAAUAUCCUCUAAAGGAAUCCAUCUUAAUGUUUAUCAACCCCCAACAUUUGCAUCAGAGAUGAAAGAUGUUGUAAUCUAUCUUCCGCGAAGCAAUACUACUGAUGAAUUUUUUAUAUGCAAUGUUACAAGUUCACCUAAAGCUGACAUAUAUUGGUUUUAUCACGGUUAUGAUUCAGCGAGCUCAGAAGUUCUUCUACCAAAUAAUAGCUCUACUUUAUAUGUUGAAAAGCUUUCAGAAACACGCUCUGGCUACUAUUAUUGCAAAGCUAAUAACACGUAUGGAGAUUCCAUAAGUCGAAAGGCAAGACUAGAUGUGCUAAAAACAAUCUUUGCUAAACAUGUUCUCAGUAUGAGCAUUGAAAUAACAAAUGCUACAAUUGAGAAUGUAGCCUACUCUUUAAAGCAUAUUAAAAUGCAACAUAUCAACCCACUUAUGGAGAAACUCAGGAUGUCUGAAAUGCAACAAAUUGAUGCAAAAUUAGAGCAUGGUAUUGAAAACUUAAAAGUACUCUUUACAAUUCAAAGUAUCAUGGACAUGAAAAAUUAUUCCUUUUUAAAGUUGUUGCAGAUGUCAUCUGUGUCUCGACAGAACCUGGCCAAUUCAGCUGCAUCCUUGGUUAUUCUGAUGUUGAAGAACCAAUCAGAAGUAACUCUGAAUAAAACCAUUCUAAAGCUUGACAAUAAUAGUCUGACAUACAACAUAAAACUUAACAUUUGCUUAUCAGGUUAUGAGUUGCAUAAAAAUGGUUUUCUUUGUGUUCAAUGUCAAGCUGGUUGGUACAGUGAUUCCGGUGGCAAAUGCAAGAAAUGCAUGCGAGGAUACUAUCAACCCUUACAAGGUUCAAAACAUUGUUUACCAUGCGACGACAGUGGAAUAACAGACGAAGAAGGAAGUCCUAGCAAGAAGGAUUGUAAAGCAAGUGGCGAAAACAAGUCGUCGAAUACAUUGAAGAUAGCGUUGAUUGCGUCAUUGGUACCACUGGCUAUUAUAAUUAUUGCAGUGGCAAUUUACUUCUGGAUGAAAAAGAAGCGUAAAGAUACUCCCUGUAAAGAAACAGUUAAAGAUCCGCCUGCAUUUCAAAAUUUUACAUACAAUGAUUACGAAAUGACAGAAGCAGAUCAAACAAAGUGAAGGGAAAGUAUGACAUUGAGAGGAGGGACUCAUUUAAAACUCAAUGACGAAAUUAUAAAUAAAUAUGACAAUUUGACAUUUAAUUUUUGUAAUUACCUCUUGUACUAUUUAAUCUACAUUGUGAAACAUGACUUUCCGUGUGUGACCAAGGAUAAGGGCCGACGACUAGUUAUGUUUAAUACUAAUUUUACCGGGGCUGCAUUUUGCACAACACUUUUCAAUAAACAGAUUUCUGGAAAUUUGUGAGCCAAAUUUUCGUCAUUAAGCCGCCAGCCACCUGCUAUCGCAAAUUUGACGGAGCUGAGCACUAUUAGGACACAAAACUUCUUAUUUUUUUGAUAUAGACAUUUCAUUAGCAUAGGAAAAUUAAGAAAUUCCGAGUUAUUGGUGAUAGAUCAGUAAUUCAGUCUUGCUGUUGCGACAAUUAGCGUGUUUCGAAGUGGCGUUUUUGGAGUUUUUAUGCAGAAUUGCAAUGUGCAAAAAUGGUAGAGGUUAUUGAUUUUUGCGAUCAGCAUUUGUACUAUCAAUGUUUUACUUAAAUUAUUUCGUUUUGUAUGGAAUUGAAAAGAUAUGUAGAAGCAAAUUGAAGUAAAAUUUUAAGAAAUCUUAACUUUUACUGUUUCUAGCAAGAAUUGUUUGAUUUCAUUUGGCAUCAUAUUAUUAUUGUUGAUUUCUAUGAAAGAUGAGAAAAGUUUCAUUAAGUGCAUUAGCCAGGAAGAUGUCUCUUUUCGGCUAUUGAUUCUAUACCCUUCUUAUUUCAGUUUCUUUAGGUUGGCGUAUUAUUUGAAUUUGAAUGUUACUUAACCGUCUUCUAAAUUUUACUAGUUCUUACAUAAUUUUCAUUUUUUUUCAUUUUCAUUUUGCUUAUACUGCGUCUACAUUGCACAGAUAUGCUUUUAUACUCCAUGCUUAUAGGAAAGAUUUAUUAUACAAAGCUGAAUAAUUUUUAUCGUAUAAUAAUGUUUUUUGCAGUAGCUGACAACUUCUGAUAACAAGGCUAAAUAUGAUAAUGGAAGUAUGUGUCCUUGUGUAUUAUUCUUUAUUCGUUAUUUAUAAUUUAUAAAUGAAAGAUGAAAGAUUUUGUUGUAAUAAAAAAUAAAGGAUCAACUUUUAAAACAAAGUCCGAGAAUACAUUGAGCGUGUUCUUUA